UGUGUACAAGCCCUCUCCGCAAGUCAGGGCAACUCCUGUGUAUUUAGUUUCCCCGUCAGACUCUUUGUUGCCUGUUCCAGGCGGAGAGGAUAUUUUCCGAGGUGCGGCGUAUCGAGAGCUACCGUGUGGAGGGGAUGGAGAUCUAUUCCACCACCCUGUGGCACCUGCAGAAGGAUGUCACGCUCUCCGUCCUCUCCAAGGACUUGACUGAGAUGGACAAGAAUACACCAGAGGCCUGGUGCGCCGCGGGGAACUGCUUCAGUUUACAGCGAGAGCACGACAUCGCCAUCAAGUUCUUCCAGAGGGCUAUCCAGGUGGAUCCCAACUUUGCCUACGCCUACACUCUCCUCGGGCACGAGUUUGUGCUGACAGAGGAGCUGGACAAAGCCUUGGCCUGUUUCCGAAACGCCAUCCGUGUGAACUCCCAGCACUAUAACGCCUGGUACGGUCUGGGGAUGAUCUACUACAAGCAAGAGAAGUUCAACCUGGCAGAAAUCCACUUCAGGAAAGCGCUGAACAUCAACCCCCAGAGUUCUGUGCUGCUGUGUCACAUCGGAGUGGUGAGUGAGCAGCGACGGAGCUGGUCGAGGAUCAUACGUUCGCUUGAUCGCGGCUUUCGAGUCCGCCGCAAAGCGCUUCGCGGGAGCCACUAAAGUGGAUCGGCUGCGGUAUCUGU